CCUUGCAACAGGAUGAAACCUCGUAGAAGGCACAGAAGUCGUCAGAGCGAGGAAAAAUUUCAGCCAGUCAAUCCACAAGGACUUCGUUUCGAUCAACGUAGACGCACCCCUGCGGCAUCGACCCCACAGUCGAGGGAAAUUCACGGGCUUCUCCCUCGCAAAACGAGUUGCUACAGCAGGACAGGAACCUUCAUCUUCAGUGAGGUCCAUGAAUGCCUUAUGGACAUUACGAAUACCAAAGUACGUGUGGAAUCGAAACAAGAAAUGACGGAUCAAGUUCGACAAAGGGCUAACGGCAAGUACACACGCCACUUUGCUGGCUUGUAA